AUGCAGGCACUUCAAGAUGCCCAACAACGGUUUAAUGAUCUUGUCAAUAAUGAUUGGCCUGAACGUAUUCCAGUUGAAUCAAUGGUAGAUUAUGAUCCAAAUUAUAUGAAGGAAGGAUUUUUACAGAAAAAAGGACAACGAUUAAAAGGUUGGAAACGUCGUUGGUUUGUCUGUGAUGGACGAACCUUAUCGUACUAUAUUUCAAGAAAGGAUCGAAAACCUAAUGCUGUGAUUCCAUUAGAAGGAUGUACUGUACAGGAUGGAGGAUUAAGUGAGACGUGGAAUUCACCUCGUAUUUACUUGACCGAUCCAACAAGUGGGAUCAUGUAUUGUUUAUCAGCAGAAGAAGCAAUUGUCGUGACGCAAUGGUUGAAUGUACUGCAAACAGCUGUCGCUCGUGUAAACAGUGGAGUGAUGAUGAGUAGUACGACACAUGGUUCAGCUUUACAGGAUUCUAAAGUACAACAACAACAAUACACCAAGACACAUACACAAGUCCGUCCACCAUCACCAUCUGAUGAUGAAGAGAAUCGAGCACAUUUUCGACGUGCAGCAUCCAUGGGACCUGUAUCUGCUCAGGCUCGUACUGUUGCAUUGAAGUCAACAUCGUCGGUCGUGCCUGGAUCAAGUACAUCGACCUCGUCGAAUGUAACUGCAAAUGACGAUUCGAAGCGCGCUACACGGACGACAUUAGGAGUUAAAAGCUCGAAUAGUACUGCCGCCCAUGUGGCGCUGCAGCAUCAUCACCGUCCUCAUCGUACCAAGACACAGCGCUUGCCUACGACCGUUUCACUGGAAAAUGAACUCUCGCAUGGUUUACAUGUACUCGAGGCACUUUUGUCCGGUCGCAGUGCAAAGGGGUCGUCAUCUUCCAUCUCCAAGCACGUUGUGUUUCGGCCUUUGGGCGCGCUAAACGGCGUGCUUCGCAGUAUCGGGACCGACUCGAGGUCUGGAAAGAAAUAUGCGCGAGCAAGUGUCAUGCUGCCUGUGUCAUCAGAAGUGGCGGCAAUAUUGCUGGCUGACCAUGCGCGUCGCGCCGAAUGGGAUAUACACUUUCCACAAUCAUCUCACGUAGCUACCUUUGACGACGCGACGGAUCUUGUGCAUCUAUCGAGUGGUAGCUUUGCACAGAUCCAGCAAACAAAACCUUUUGUUGCACCCCAUGUAGCAGCCGCAGCAUGUGCCUUAUGCGCUGCACUCUUCUCAAGCGCUACGUUGUGGGAGGCGUUGCUGGCUGUUAUGGUAUAUGCAGCUGCUGUUGGCGGCGUUCUGAGCAGCAUUGAUUAUAGUGUAUUAACGGCGCCCCGUGAUUUGGUGCUUUUGCGUCAUGUCCGCGAGUCUGCUGUGUCUGAUUCUCACGAUUCGGGUGAAGACAAGUCGGUGGACGAGAUGGGCCAAUCUGUGGUACUCAUGCUGGAAAAGUCUGUGGCCAACGAGCUAAAACCAGCUGUACCAGGAAACGUGCGCGCUCACGUAGGAUUGAGCGGUUGGUUACUGGAGCCGGUUGGUUCAGGCCACGCCACACUGGCCACCUAUAUCACCGAUUUGGAUAUGCGGGGGUGGCUAUCGCCUUUGACGCGGCAAAGUUUCUUGAUCUCGCGUCUGGAUUGCGUGUCUGUUCUAAGUGAGUACGUCAAUCAGGCGCAGCUGUGUGGGCCAGAACUUGGGUUUGGCGGUGGUUUGGACGAAGAUGGUGGCGGCACUUACGAAACUCAAAGCGUCGGAUAUGAAGACACUAGCGAAGGAAGCUGUCUUGGAGAUGCAACAGAUGGCGAAUCGUCUGCUAUAUUUCACCCGAAGACGUAUAUGCGUGGCAUGGUACCGCUGCCCAGCGGUGGUCUGAAGCUGAUUGACAAAGAGGUGGCAAAGAAGCAGGGUGGUGUGGUGAAGGAUGUGAUCAAGUCUGCGGGAGCAAAGAUCCUGGAGGGCAAGUCAGCUGUUAGUCUGUCACUUCCUGUGCGUAUUUUCGAACCCCGUACCAAUUUGGAACGCGUGUGCGAUUUGAUGUUAUAUGCGCCGACGUUCUUGAACGUUGCGUAUGCGCAGAAUGAUGCAUUGGAACGCUUCAAGUACGUCAUGACAUUUGCAGUGGCUGGGUUGCACCACAGUAUUGGACAGCUAAAGCCAUUCAAUCCAAUUCUAGGUGAGACGUUUCAAUCGACGCUGAAUGAUGGAACUGAUGUAAAUUGUGAACACACGAGCCAUCACCCGCCAAUCAGUAAUUUCCAGUUCACUGGUGAGAAGUACUCUAUCGCUGGAUUUGUACUUUGGCAUGCGAGCAUGAGCGUCAAGUCUAACGCGAUGCUCAACACAAAUAAGGGACCUAUUCGUGUCACAUUCCCUGACGCUGAAGAUGUUUCUGGAACGACCAUCGAGUACAAUUUGCCGUAUUUGCAGAUUGGUGGCUUGCUUUGGGGAGACCGUACGGUUGACAUUAUGGGCAAUAUGGUAUUUGAAGACAAGAAGAACCAUUUUCAGUGCGAGCUGCGCCUGAAUCCAGAUGCGAAGUCCGGUAUGGGUGGUAUAUUCUCGAGUUCCAAGACGCCCACGGAUUCACUUCGUGGAACCAUCUUGGACACAUCAGUGUCACCUGCGCGAGAGAUCUGUGACGUUUCUGGCUCAUGGCUGCAUGAUCUCGUCUUUGAUAACAAGACGUAUUGGAGCAUUGAUAAGCACCAGAGUGGCUACAUGAUGCCGUACCCUAAAGAGAAGAUUUUGGCAUCCGAUUCCCGGCACCGCGAGGAUCUACACUAUUUGGCAGCAGGUGACUUGGACGAAUCGCAGGAGUGGAAGGUGAAGUUGGAAGUCCUGCAACGUGCCGACCGCAAAUUACGCCUGGAUGGCCGACGUCCCAAUCACUGGUCUUACCGCACUGCUCCUGGUCAUUGA